AUGGAUCGCUUUCGCAGCUAUACCGAGCCAUGGGACCCCAUCCGAUAUGGCAUCUGGGCCAUCUAUGCCCAAUCAAAAGAGGCCUUUUUCAGUGGCAGAUACCCCGAUCUUUUUAACCUCAAAUAUCUCCUAGACUCGGGGUUUUAUUUGUGGUUUAAAGUUCUGAAUGAGCAUUUUUGCCGCUUUGAGCAAAAUCAAACCACUAUCCCAGUUCUUGUCCCAGCUUCUACUGGUGUGGUACUUGAGCUCGGUCCCGGAAUGGGUAACCAACUGCACCGCUUCGACAGGACAAAGGUGACUCGUGUCGUGGGCGUGGAGAGCAACUCGCACUUCACACGAGAUAUUGAGACACAGGUCAAGAAAAACGGUCUUGAAGACAUUUACGAGCUCGUUACAUGCCGUGUGGAAGAUAGCGACGUGCUAGAAACGCAUGGUGUUGUUGCCGAGAGUGUGGAUACUGUCCUGAGCAUCCAGGUUCUGUGCUCGGUGGACAACCCGGAAGCCGUUAUCAAGGAGCUUUACCGGCUGCUUAAGCCUGGUGGGAAGUUCAUAUUCUGGGAGCAUCACCGUAACUCGGACCGUACUACUGCCGCAAUCCAAUUUCAUCGCCUCCCGAUAGACGUGGUCGGGCGCUCUAAGAUGGACGACCUCUUACAGCUGGAGCAGUUUGCUCUGGCUUCCAAAGUACAAGCCGAAAUUAACAACCACACAGGCGUCUCCGACAAGACCCUUGCCGAAUUCAUCAUCGCCCAGCGGCUCGAAUGCGAAGACCUUGCCGCUUUCAAGCAGAGGCUAAAAUCUAUCGGCGCCGAUUUCCCUACGAGUUUGGUCGAGAGUAUAGACCGGCUGUGCAGGUCACUACACCCGAAGCUCAAGAAGAAGCAAGGCGCCGCGAACAAGAUCGAAGAGGAAGAGCAUCCGACGCGAAGUAAUGAGGAGAAGGCAAAAAUAUUUUCAGGGUUGGCGCUUCCUGACAAGGAAGUCCCGCCUGAGUCGAAUGGCGAUGCGAUAGAUGAUACCCUGGCGCAGUUGGAGAGUUUAGGAGGGAGGCCGCGCAAGCCGAAAGAGUCGCGAAAACGUUCACGGUCCCCCGAAGACGGCGACAGAGAUUCGAGGAGACGAAACCAUAGAGAACGAGAUCGGUCACGCGACAGAUCGCGAGACCGAGAUUCGCGGAGGAAGAGAUAUAGAUCAAGGUCGAGAUCACCACCGAGGUACCAAGGAGAACUGGACCCCGCGCCGAUUAUCGACAAGAUCUAUGACGGAAAGGUCACGGGCGUCAAGGAUUUUGGCGCAUUUGUGUCCCUAGAAGGUAUCAAGGGGCGAUGUACUGGCCUAAUACAUAUAUCGAGGCUGGCCGAAGGCCGACGCAUUGGCCACCCUUCUGAGGUAGUAUCUAUGGGUGAGCCCGUCAAGGUCAAAGUCGUCAGCAUCGAAGGAAACAGGAUAGGCCUGUCGCUCAAGGAUGUCGACCAACACACCGGUGAGGAUCUCGCGGCCCCGGCUCCCGCCUUUGGAUCCGGUGCCAACAUGGAGGCCUUGGGAAGCCGACAUGGCUUCGUCGACCAGCCCACAUCAUUCCGCAAUCCACAGCCGCCGAGGCACAAGAAGCAAUUGACAGAUUCGGACAGAUGGGAGAUACGACAGCUCAUCCGCUCCGGAGUAGCGAAGGCAUCGGACUUUCCCGAACUUGAGGAGGAGACGAAAGCAGUCCAUAAGGAAGACGGUGGCAUGGAGCUGGAGGAGGAUGUCGAUAUUGAAGUUCGAGAGGAGGAACCCCCAUUCUUGGUUGGCCAAACAAAGCAGUCUCUGGAACUUUCCCCGAUCCGCGUUGUCAAGGCUCCUGAUGGUUCGAUGAACCGAGCGGCCGUAACGGGAUCGGCGCUCGUGAGGGACAGGAAGGAAGCUCGCCAGCAAGAGGCAGAUGCGGAAGCGCAUGCAGCGCCCAAGGAUGACUUAUCCGCGCAGUGGCAUGACCCUAUGGCAGACCCGGAUAAGCGAACAUUUGCGAGCGAGCUCCGAAAGGCCCGGAUAAACGCAAAGUCGGAUGUUGUGCCGGAGUGGAAGAAGACCGUCCAGAAUAGGGACCAGUCUUUCGGAAAGCGAACCAACCUUAGCAUCAAGGAACAGCGAGAGGGCCUCCCCAUAUUCGCCUUUAGGUCACAGCUCAUCAGUGCGGUGAAGGAGAACCAGAUUCUUAUCGUUGUUGGUGAGACGGGAUCCGGCAAAACCACGCAGCUCACCCAGUAUCUUGCUGAAGCAGGCUUUGCAAAUAGUGGCAUGAUUGGGUGUACACAGCCGCGUCGUGUCGCGGCCAUGUCUGUCGCCAAGCGUGUCUCCGAGGAAGUUGGCUGUAAGCUUGGCGAGGAGGUCGGAUACACGGUUCGUUUCGACGACACUACCACUCCUUCGACCAGGAUCAAGUACAUGACGGAUGGUAUGUUACAAAGAGAGAUCCUCAUGGAUGGCGAUCUGAAGCGCUACUCCGUCAUCAUGUUGGACGAGGCCCACGAGCGAACCAUCGCCACAGAUGUUCUUUUCGCCCUUUUGAAGAAGACGGUCAAGCGUCGGCCGGACCUCAAGAUUAUCGUCACCUCUGCGACCCUCGACGCAGAUAAAUUCUCGAGCUAUUUUAACGAAUGCCCUAUCUUUACGAUUCCUGGACGAACGUACCCCGUGGAAAUCUUAUAUUCGAGAGAGCCCGAGAGCGACUACCUCGAGGCUGCCCUUCUUACUGUUAUGCAGAUUCACUUGACAGAACCCAAAGGAGAUAUUCUUCUCUUCUUAACGGGCCAGGAGGAGAUUGACACCUCAUGCGAAAUUUUAUAUGAACGUAUGAAAGCUCUGGGUCCUGAUGUGCCAGAACUCCUUAUUCUCCCCGUUUAUUCGGCCCUGCCGAGCGAAAUGCAGAGUCGAAUCUUCGAACCAGCGCCGCCGGGAACCAGAAAAGUCGUCAUUGCGACAAAUAUCGCCGAGACCUCCAUUACCAUUGACGACAUCUACUUUGUCGUAGAUCCAGGCUUCGUCAAACAAAACGCGUAUGAUCCAAAGCUCGGUAUGGACUCGCUUGUUGUCACACCAAUUUCACAGGCCCAGGCAAACCAGCGAGCAGGUCGAGCCGGCCGAACUGGGCCCGGAAAAUGCUUCAGGUUAUACACCGAGGCAGCGUACCAAACCGAGAUGCUGCCGACGACGAUCCCAGAAAUCCAGCGGCAGAACUUGUCGUUAACUAUUCUCAUGCUCAAAGCCAUGGGCAUCAACGAUCUUAUCAACUUUGACUUCAUGGACCCGCCUCCCGUUAACACUAUGCUUACAGCCCUCGAGGAGCUGUAUGCGCUCAGCGCUCUCGACGACGAGGGCCUGCUUACCCGCCUCGGACGCAAGAUGGCCGACUUUCCUAUGGAGCCGUCACUCGCCAAAGUCCUAAUCGCCUCGGUCGAUCUGGGCUGCUCCGACGAAAUGCUCAGCAUAGUAGCGAUGCUCGGCAUGAACGUCUUCUACCGGCCCAAGGAGAAGCAGACCCAGGCCGACCAGAAGAAGGCCAAGUUCCACGAUCCGCACGGCGACCACCUGACCCUGCUCAACGUCUACAACAGCUGGAAGCGCAGCGGGUAUCAGAACGCCUGGUGCUUCGAGAACUACAUCCAGCACCGGUCCAUGAAGCGCUCCAAGGACGUGCGCGACCAGCUCGUCAAAAUCAUGGAGCGCUACCGCCAUCCCAUCGUCUCGUGCGGCCGCGACACACACAAGGUGCGGCAGGCUCUCUGCUCCGGCUUCUUCCGCCACUCGGCGCGUAAGGACCCCCAGGAAGGCUACAAGACCCUCAUCGAGGGCACCCCCGUGUACCUGCAUCCCAGCUCGGCGCUGUUCGGCAAGCAGGCCGAGUGGGUCAUCUACCAUGAGCUCGUGCUGACAACGAAGGAGUACAUGCAUUGGACGACGGUCAUCGAGCCCAAGUGGUUGGUGGAGGCGGCGCCGACGUUUUUCAAGGUUGCGCCGACGGAUAGGCUGUCAAAGAGGAAGCAGGCUGAGAGGAUCCAGCCGUUGUUUAAUAGGUUUGAGGGACCGGAUGAUUGGAGGCUUAGUGCGCAGAGGAGGGUUGGAAGGUCUGGUGGUGGUGGAGGUACUUGGGGUUAG